AUGUCAAAAUAGGAUUAUAAUAAAACAAAUUAGAUGGCCAUAGUUAUAUUGUCUAAUCAGUCUGUUUCUUUCCUGAAGGAAGUACAUAAGCUUAUGGUAGUGUAGAUAAGUCAAUCCGUCUUUGGGAUGUAAAUACAGGAUUAGAAAUUAACUCCUUCUAUAAAAACUACAAUGAAGUUCUUGCAUAAUUUAAAGCAUCACUAAUUUAAAAUAAUUCUCUACCAGGUAAUUAUUUUAAUGCUAUUUUUUAGAAUCUAACUGUGUUUCAAUUCUGCAAAUAUCUCAAACAUCAUUAUUUCAAGCUAAAGGAGACUUAAUCUUGA